AUGUCUUAUGAUUUAUAAUUAUUCUAAAUAUGGCCUAUGACAGAAGAAGAUAGGAGAAAUGAUGUAUCUCUAAAAGAUUACAAGUAUUUACAAUUCAUGGGAUAUAAUAAAAAUGCAGCUAUAUUAUGUUCUUUGAUACAUUUUGCUUUAAAUAGAAAAUAACCAAAAAUUCUCUAAGAUUUAAUAGAACUUAUAACUAGCUCACAGAAUCAAUCAAAAUAUUAAGAGAUUGUAAAUUUGAUCAAAUAAACCAAAGAUCUAAUGAAUCCUAUAUAGAUAUUCUUUAAAAAACUAUAUUAAUUAGACUAGAAGAAUGAAAUUACUGAAUAAUUAUUAAUUGAAUUUUGUUAAAAAAAGAGAUUAUUUUAAGGAUAGGAAAUAUCAUAUGAUAAAAUGGCUGCAUAAUUAAAAAUGAGAAUUUCAUUUAAUAAUGUAAUUUAUGGUAGAGAUAAUAAAGAUUUCAUUGACUUAAAAGUUACACCUCGUUAAAAAUAUUUUUAUUUGAUUCCUGAACCAUUAAUCUUUAAUAUACCUACAAAAUAUUGUAGAUAAUGUUCUACUAAAACUGAAUUAAUUACAUUGGAGUGUAAACAUUAACAUUGUUAUAAAUGUAUUAAAUAAUCAAGUAGAACAUAUUCUUGUUGUUCAAUAAUAUGUACAAAACCAUUUUUGAAAAAUUUCAUGGACGAAUUGCUUAAACUAAUAGAAUAUAACUAAAGAAGUAAUGAAUUGUAAUAAUACUAUGAAAGUACAAAAUAAUAAAUUUCAUAUAAAUUGGAAAAUCAAGAUAAUAAUAAUCAAUUAUAAAUCACAACUAUUAAUGAUCCUUUAUAGGAAUGUAAUAUAUGUUUAAAAAAGUUUAGAUAUUAAUUAUUUAUCAUGAAAAUUUGUAAACAUAAAUAUUGUUAUGAUUGUAUUAAUAAAAACAAAUUAAUAAAAUAUUGUUUAGUUUCUGUUUGCACGUAAAAAAUAGAUUAAUAGGAAGUUUAAAAUUAUUUAAUCAAAACUAAAAAUGAAAAUAAUGAGUAAGAAAAUAUUAAGUAAAAUCAAAUAUAAUAAUACUAAUAAACUUCUAUAUAAGAAUUAGAAUCUAGAAUAAUGGAUUAAUGUUAGAAAUGUAAUACAAUAUAAGUCUAUAAAUUAUUUUAAGUUAAAAUUUGUAAUCAUAAAUUAUGUAAUUAAUGUUUAUCAAAAACUAAUUUUAGAUAUUAAACACUGAAAUGUUUAGUAAACAAUUGCUAUGAAAAAUUUACAUCAUAAGAAUACUAAAUUUACAUUAAGUAAUUAUAGGAUUUAUCAAGAUCAGAGUAAUAUCAUACAUAAAAUAAUAUUUCUUAAUAAAAACUUGAAUAUUUUAAAUGUGAAGAUUGUUUUACAAAUGCUGUUGAAGAUUAAAAAUAUAUAUUAAAUUGUGGUCAUUCUGUCUGCUAUUAAUGUAUCAUUAAAGAUUCUUUUUAUUCAAAUUGUUGUAUUUAAUCAUCUAAAGAUUAAGAAUAUUUAAAAUUUCGUAAUAAUAUUACUACAAAUUGUAAAGGUUGUUAAAAUAAUUUUCCUUUAAAAAAUUUAUAUUUACUAAAAUGUAAACAUGAAUUUUGUUUAAGUUGUUGUUAAAAAGUAAAUUCAAAAAUACCUAAUUAAUGUUUAGAUUGUUCUACCAAAAUAUAUUUUACUAAUGGUUUGAAUAAAUUUAUUACUGAUCAAAUAAUUGAGUAGAAAAAAUAAAUUGCAUCCAAAGAAGAAUCCCAUAAAAUUGAAAAUUUUAAAGUAGAAGAGCCUUAAAUUGAUAAGAAACUUGAAUAUUAAAUUAAUAAUAAUUAAGUUAAUCAUAUUAUAAAUCAUGAGGAAGAAAAGAUUAUUGAAUAAAAUACAGUUGACAGUUUUGUGUAAUAAGAUAAUAACAAAACUGAAGAAGAAAAAUCACUUUCAGUUAAAAAUUCAACAACCAAUUUAUUUGAAAAUAGUAGUAAUAAAAAAGAAAAUUCAAAAUAAAAAGAAGAAUUUCAAAUAUAAUAAUAAAAGGAUAUUAUUUCAACAAAUAGAUUUAUUAUAUAGAAUUAAAAUUAAAAAAUAUAAAUUUAAUAAUAGCCAAUUUAAUAAGCAAAAUAAGAUUUUUAGACAGAUCUUGAGGAUAUAAUUUUAUAUUAAUAAAUAGAUGAAUUUAAAUUAUUAGAUUAAUAAGAAUCUUAAUUUUAUAAUGGAUUUUGUACAAAUUGUUAAUAAUAAUUUUCUUAUUAUAACAGGAAAUAAGAGAUAAAUUGUAAAACUCAUGAAAUAGGAGUAUGUUGUAUUUUAACAAAAUAUAAAAAUUGUCCAUAAUGUGAAUAAUCUACAUCAAAAAAAAUACAAAUAAAAUAAAACUUAAUUUUACCUACAAAUCCUGUUGAAAUUGAAUUUAUUUUUGAAAAUACUCUACCCAAAACUACAUAAUCAAAUUAUUAUUAAUAACCAUAUUAAUAAACUAGUAUUAGUUAGAAAUUUUAAAAUAUUGAUAGACUCAGAUAGAAUGAAGGUUCUGCAGUAAAAAGAAAUGUUACUACUGAUACAAUUUAAAAAAGAGUUUACGAAAAUUAAAAAUAAUUAAAUGAUAAAUAUAAUUUAAGAAAUGAUAUGACUUUACAAAAAUACUAACCUUAAUCUUAAUAAUCAUAUUAUCCUUAGAAAUAAAAUUGUAUUAUAUAUGAAAAAUUAGAUCAAGAUUACAGAUUAGGAAUAAAUAAUAAUAAUUAUUCUUAAAAUUUCAGAAAUUUUACUCAUCAUUCAAAUAGAUUAGUUUGA